AUCAAGCCAGCCAGCCAGCCCGAAACCCCAUCCAACCCGAUCCCCAAACCCCCAAUCCAUCCAUCCCCUCCUCAUCCACUCCGGGCUGCCAUGGCCUGCUCCUUCGCCGCCGCUACCGUCGUCUCCUCCGCCCCCAGCACCCCCGCCUCCAAGCCCCUCGCCGCCGCGCCCGCGCCGCAAUCACUCUCCCUCUCCCGCGCCGCCGCCGCCAGGCCUCUCCGCCUCGCCACCGCCAGACCCGCGCGGGCCAGCAGACUCGUCGCCCGUGCCGGCGGCGUCGAUGACUUGCCGUUGGUCGGGAACAAGGCGCCCGGCUUCGAGGCCGAGGCUGUGUUCGACCAGGAGUUCAUCAACGUGAAGCUGUCUGAUUACAUCGGGAAGAAGUAUGUGAUUUUGUUCUUCUACCCAUUGGACUUCACCUUCGUCUGCCCAACCGAGAUUACCGCUUUCAGUGACAGAUAUGAGGAAUUUGAGAAGUUGAACACCGAGGUCCUUGGUGUUUCCAUUGACAGUGUGUUCUCCCACCUUGCAUGGGUGCAGACAGAUAGGAAAUCUGGUGGGCUUGGCGACCUUAAAUACCCACUUAUUUCCGAUGUUACUAAAUCAAUUUCGAAGUCCUUCGGUGUGUUGAUCCCUGAUCAGGGCAUUGCUCUCAGAGGACUGUUCAUCAUUGACAAGGAGGGAGUAAUUCAGCACUCUACUAUUAACAACCUUGCCAUUGGUCGCAGUGUGGAUGAGACCAUGAGGACCCUUCAGGCGUUGCAGUACGUCCAGGAGAACCCGGAUGAGGUCUGCCCUGCAGGAUGGAAGCCUGGGGAGAAGUCCAUGAAGCCCGAUCCCAAGGGAAGCAAAGAGUACUUUGCGGCCAUCUAGGCGUGCCGCUGAGAAGCUUUGCUGCCAGCAGUGGAUCGAUGGUGGAGUUUUGCUGCCGUACCGAGCUCGCGUUUUGACAUGUCGCAUGCGUCUUGUGAACCGAGUGUAGUAGCUCUUGUGCAUCCGAUUGAAUGCUGUUCGCCAACUUUUCUUUUUCCCUGACAAAUAAGGUUCAUUUUGGUCGUGUUUGAGAGCUCAA